UUGACAGUGACGAUGGCAUCGCCGAACCAGCCUCUGGCUGCUGAUGAUUUCGACUCGGACUCGGUCAUCUCGGAGGUUAGUUAUCCCCACAAUUUUGCCCCUUUCGAGAUGCCUGGCCUACGCGUCUGGGGUUUCAUGUGUACAGUGAACUUGAAGGCUGAUGAUAUCGCGAGGAUGAAAGCCGCCUUCGAGUUUGGAAUCGAUUCGUUCGAGCGUGUUGAGGUAUCAGAGUACUCGUUCCCCAAUGACGAGAGGGAAGCCGAGCGUCUUGAUUUGCAGCAUCACAUGUGGAUGUUGACGCUGCGAGGGAAGCUCUGCUUGUGUCCGAAAGGCGAUGAGCCUGCCAAGCGCGUGUUGGAUUGCGGUACCGGGACGGGGAUAUGGGCGAUGGAAUAUGCGGAUGCGCAUCCCGAAGCCAAGGUGAUCGGAGUCGAUUUGAGUCCAAUGCAGCCUUCAUGGAUCCCCCCAAACGUCUCUUUCGAACUAGACGAUCUCGAGAAGGACUGGACAUGGUCAAAACCCUUCGACUUCAUCUUCGGCAGGGUGUUGGCGGGUAGUAUAAGCAACUACCAAGACUUCUUCAACAAAGCCUUCGCAAACCUCGAACCGGGAGGCUACCUCGAGAUGCAAGACUUCGCCCUCCCCUACGGCUGCGACGACGGCACCCUCUCACCCAACUCCCCGCUCCACCGCCUCUCGACGCUCUUCCGCGAGGGCACCGCCAAGGCGGGCCGCCGGAUGGACGUGGCACCCUCCUACCAAACCCUCAUGCGCGCGGCCGGGUUCGAGGGCGUGGUCGAGUGGCAGAGCAAGUGGCCGGUGAACCGGUGGCCGCGGGACCCGCACUACAAGGAGCUGGGGAUGUGGACGCACGCGAACCUGGACACGGGGCUGGAGGGGCUCACGCUGGCGCUGUUCACGAGGUUCCUGGGGUGGUCGAGCGAGGAGACGUUGGCGUUCUGCGCCGAGGUCAGGACGGCGUUGAAGGAUUUGAGGACGCAUGCUUAUUUGCCCAUGUGA